UCUGCGCAUGUUACCUUUUAAGUCUGCGAAAGUCCUUCAAAUAUCCUGCGUUAUUUUGCCUCUUCCCAGUCGCACGGCAGCACUCGUACAGGUUCACACAUCGAGUUAUCCCUUCCUCUACUAUCUUUACUAUUUUCCCUUACAGUUUUCCGCCUUCCUCCCCCUUUCCAUUAUUACCUGUUGCGUACAUACUGUACGGCGCAGAGUGCCGAACGCGUAUUCCGUGCGAGAAGCGAUAUUCGAGUUAUACCUUUGCCUUAUACGACAAAAUCGCGUCGGGAGUGUGUAAAAUACCGUGUGAUCGUCGUAGUAAAAUGCGUCGUAAUAAAAAUCGGGAGAGUUUAAAGGGUCGCGCAACUUUCGUAUUUAAAAAUUCACGCGUGCAAUGCGUGCGUCGCGUGUAAGUGUUUCAAAGAAUUAUCGUGAAAAUUAUUCGCGUCGCGAUCGCGUGUGAGUGCUUUGAAAAACUGCGAGGGCUGCGAAAACUGUGAGGACUGAGAGGAGGAGGAGGCUCAGGAGGAGCAUCGGGCGCCGGCGGAGCAAUUUUACGAUCAUCAACUAUGUAGAUCAACAGAACUCCGCUGCUGCGCAUCGAUCGCUUGUAUUCUAAUUCGGUGCAAGCACGAUGCUUUCGGCGAGAUUGAAACAGAAGUAAGCAGAUGGAAAGAACUAUUAUAAUAAGAGAAGGGAAUUUCGUUUAUUAUCCCAACUACUCUGCGUAAAAUCGAGGCCAAUUCGUGUUUCGAGGUGAAACUAAUAUACAACGGCAUGAAGGCGUAUUUAUUGUUGGCCGAGAUACAACAAUCGAUGAGUGCGCAAAUUUAUUGUCAGCUGGGAUACAACGAUCGAUGAUACAAAUACAAUUGUGAACAAAGAUGAACAAUAUAAAGUGAUAGAUGAGUGUAUGGAAGAAGAAACACCUGAAACAACAGAAAAUUCUCAAAAAGAGGUUAUGGCUUGCCCAGAAAAUGCCACUCAACAGCAAAGUCUUGAGACUAGCACUGAUACAAGAUCUCUUAAUAAUGACACUGAUAAACCAGUUCCAAUGGAGGUAGAACAUAAUAAAAAAGAUUUAAAUAAUGAUGCUAUUGAUUUUACUGCUGAUAUAAACUUAGAUCAAUUGGAUACACAAAAGGAAGUGACAGAUGAAGAUGUAAUGCGUCAUCUGGAUGUAAUAGAAAGUAUUGAACUAGAUCCUGAAACCUUUGGUAUGAACCAGUCAGUGGAGGAAAUUCAAUGUUCUUCUCAAGAACAAGAUAAAGAAGAAAUAACAGUAAUCGGUGUAGAACCUAUAAAAAAAAAGUGGUAUGAAAUAAAGAUUCUGGAAAAAGAUGCGUAUUUUAAGGAAAGACUGUCAAAGUUAUCUCGAGUAUUAAUAGCUUCUUAUCCCCAUUAUGAAAAAUGGUUAGAAAGAAUAGAGAAGAUAGAAGGAACACCUAUUUGCAAAGUAGAUGAAAUUCGACGUUGUCCGUUGAACAAACCACAUGCUAAUCGGUGGAAGUUUAUAUGUAACGAAAAACAAAUAGAGGAUGUUUCUAUAAAAGAAGAGAGCAAUGCGGAAUCUUUUAAAAAGACUUUUAAAACACUCUGGUGUCUUGAACCAAUAGGAGUAGGAGGUGUUAAUACGAAUAAUAUAGAUGAAUUUCCAUCUUUUGUAUUACAUGCUGUUAAGAUAUUUGAAGAUUUUCUCCAAACAACUAUAACAUCGACUCAAGAUGCAGUUCUUUCUAUUAAAAAAGAAGAAUUAUCGACGGAUACCGAUUCAAGAAAAGAUGCAGCGGAAACAAAACAACAAUGGAUGUCGUUGUUAGUGCGUUGCAAUAGCAGGGAUGAACUCAUGCUUUUUGCAACUGGAAAAGAUAUCAGUGAGAACGCUAUGAAUCGUUUGAAACAGACAUACGAGUCUGGUCCGGGAAAGAGUUGUAAUGUCAAAUCUCUGUAUUGCAGAACGAUAAACACAUAUGACGAUUCAGUCCUAACUACAUUCUUAGUGGGAGCAGAGGCUUUAGAUGAAGUUGUGGGUGAUCUAAAAGUGCAGCUUGUACCAAAGACAAACUUUUGGUCGAAUGCUGCCGGUGCGUGGAACGUAGUUAAAGCGGUCACAGACUUGCUUAAGCCUACACCGAAAACAACGAUACUUGAAAUCGGUUGCGGGAUUGGCGUGAUUGGACUUUCGCUAGCGUCCAAAUGUCGAGAAGUGAUAGGAGUUGAUGCGCCGCUGGAGAUAAAUGAAGCUGAAUUAACUUGUCAAUUAAACAGUAUAUACAAUGCAACUUUCAUAAGGGGAUCUUCAUCCGAGGUCGUAAAUAAACUAGGUUCUAUGCGUAACUUACACUAUAAAAAUGUUGUAACUUACUGCAUAAUCAACACGGGUACCAAUAUGGGUAGAGCCAUUGAAGUAAUGACGUGCUUAAGAAAAAUUACUUCUCUCCGGCGUAUCGUAAUGAUCACCACAUUGACAAAACAAUCGGUUCGGGCAAUAUUAGAACUUGCACGGCCUGCAGAAAGUGGGCUCGGUCAUCCGUUUAUGCCAGUUCGAGCAUGUGUCGUUGAUACAUUGCCUACUGGGCCUCAUUUUGAGGCCGUCAUUCUAAUGGAACGUAGACUCAUGCAUAGACUUACGCAACCAUGGUUCAUCCAGAUGUUGGAAAAAGAAAGUAAAACGUGGGAUAACACUAAAGCAUUAGAAAAAAUAAUAAAUAAUGAUGAACCUGAAAGUUCUGAUGUAUUCAGAAAAAAUCCGUUAGCAAAAACUGAACUUGAGAAAAACUUUAAACCGUUACCCACGAAAAAAACACCUUCCGUGAAGAGCGACUCAAGUUCAUCAGGAAAAAGUAAAAAAUUGAAGCGAGAUCACUCGCCUGAAAUAAUAGAAUUAUCGAAAAAAGUGACUAAGAAAUUCGAAAAAUCCGGACCCAAACCAUGGCAACAGGAUGUUACAAUCAAGAAAAAGAAUUGGCUUCAUGAAAAUCCAGCACUUCGCAUCAAUCCAUUAUUUGAUAAGAAGAGAGAGAAUACAGAACAAAUCGAUUUGAGAGAAAAAUUGUCGAGCAACCGAAUAGACACGGAUUUAAUACAGAAGGUAAAUGAAAGUCGUAAAAUUCUCGAAGCAGCCAAAGAAAAAUUAAGCGGUCCAACCACGGUUGAUGCAACGACCGCUAAAGAAAUAAAAAAUGUAUUAAGUUUGGUUCUCGACCAGACUAAUAAGUAUCAUACUCAAUUGCCACGUUCAGUGUGGGAUCGCAUUGCGCCAGCCGAGAUUGAUCAAAAGGCGCCGUCAAAGAAGGAGCUUGAUGACGAUCCUCUUCUGAAAGGUCGAUUUGUUCAAGAAAUCCGUGCUAAAGAUCUCGUUAUUACGACAGCAAACAAGGAAUAUUUAGAAACUGAAGAUGUUCCGAAACCGAAAUUCAGAAAGUACCAUAAUUUACGACCACUAGAGCCAGACAACGUGAUGCCGGUAGCGUUAAAAUUUGUAUCUAAUGAUAGACCGAAAUUGCCUAAAAAAUCAUUCGACAACAGAAAUAAGCAACAGAAUCAAGAUAAUUCUUGGCAUAAGAAUAAAGAUUUUGAGAGAAACCGUUGGAAUAAUGCAGAACCUGUAAGAAAACCUACUUCUCCGAUGAAGAGGCAGGAGAUGCCGUUUCGACAUCGAGUACAGUCGCCAAAUAGAUAUUCACCAAAGCGUCCCUUACUGUCACCACCAAGACGUCCAUGCUCGCCGCCUAGGAGACAUCUUUCUCCAGAUAGGCCCUAUCAAGGACGUAGCUCUCCUUCGCACCGUGAAUAUUCUCCCCAGAGACGUAAAAUUACGCCACCCAGAGGUCCGUUCUCAUCGCUUAAUGUCCGAGAAAUGUCACCACCAAGACGAUCGACAGCGGUUUCAGGCCGGUCGAUGUCACCAAUGCGACGACAAAUGUCGCCAUUAAGACCGCCAUUGUCUCCAUCGAGACGACAAAUGUCUAUGAUGGAAUACGAAUCAUCGAAGAGACAGAUGUCUCCUACGUACAGACUGCACGAGAGGUCGCCCAUGAGGUGUCAAAUGUCUCCAGAAAGGAGACCCAUGUCGCCCGUUAUAACGAUGAUUCCAAGAUCAAGAGACAUGAUUCCACCGAGGCAUCAGUCUCCUAUGAGACAUUUUUCGCCACCUCGAAUACAAACUGGACGUGUUGCAUCACCUCCAAGGCGACAGCCAUCGCCAAGACGCCAAAGCUCGCCGCCGAAUAGAUUCGCGGAUGAAUGGGACAUACCAAGCCGAGGUGCUAUCGAACAGAGUAGCACUUGGCAACGGUCCGUUAAUGAGAGAGUACCUGAAAACGUUUGGCGUAACGAAAGACAACCAACAACGAGUGGAAACUGGCCUCCUUCUUCUGACAACGAUAGAUAUCACAAGUCAACAAACCAAGAAAAAUCAUGGGAUAUCAGAGAUUCUUCAUCUCAUGGAAACUGGGGCUCGAAGCAGUCGCUCGCAAAGCCCGCUAUGAAAGAAUCAUGGCAGACUUCGGAUAAUAGAUGGUCUGGUCCUUCUAGAUCGGGAGGCGGCGGUGAAAAUUGGAAUCGUGACAAAGAAAUUCUGGGUGGGCGCAAAGAGCCGUGGAAAGAUACGGACAAGCCGCGAUGGGAACAGGCGCAGUCUAAUAAUUCUAACUGGAAUCAAGGAGACAAGGACGAUUGGAAUGAUCUUCCAGAAGAUGCGCGAGAUCCCUGGGGUGAUGAAAGCAAUCUUGGAUUGAAGGAAAGAUGGAUGAAUUUUGAAAAUCAAGCCGCGUCAUCAUCGUCUGGUUGGUCCAGAGAACCUGAUAAAGGAGAUCCCUGGACAAAAUCCAAGGACAGCUGGCAGAAUAAGUCGCAAGCUUUUCCGACAAAACCGUCAUGUCAAAACAUUGGUAAUCCAAACAUAAAUGAGACGCGCUGGUUACCUCUAAACGAUGUGAAUAAGAAAUCAACAAAUUGGCAAGGAGGCACCAACACUGGAGCAUGGCAACCAUCAAAUUAUAGCUUUCAAUCACAAUCGCAAAGGCCAUUUAUGGCCAAUUUGUUUAAAGAUCGACGUUAGAUAAGAUGUUAGACAAGAUAUCUUUGAUAUUACACAUCUGUGUUAAUAAUAGUUUAACAUCACUUGACAAUGUCACCUUGAGAAUGUUUUAGUUUAUUAAUUAAAGUAUAUGAGUUUUUCUUUUUGAACAAAUACAGAUAUAUUAAAACUUACAGUGAACAUGUGUGUGAUAAAUUGAAUAAAAUUUUGUUACACAUUGUCAGCAUAACUGUUUCUAUAAUUGUGAUUUGCAAUUAUGCAUCGUGAUUUCUGUGAAGACAAUUUUUUUUUUUGUGUUUCAAGUGAUGUUCAGCAUCGUACAAUUUAUUGCUAACAAAUUAUUUUAAUAAAAUAAGACAAACAUUAUAUAUUUCUGUAGGCAUUGAUGAUCAGUUACAUUAUUUUUACAAUGAGAAACGAAAAUAGGCUGUAUGCAUUAUAUAUAAAUAUAUUAUGAGUACUGAGUGUAUGUAUAUACUAUGUGU